AUGAUGGACAAAUACGCGUUUGGAUAUGUUCGAGAAACACCUUUGUCAUUUCAAUACGAUGAUUUAUUGCUAUGUUCGUUAAUAUUGACCACAGAUGUAGUCACCACGCCAGUUAUUACAACACCAACAAAAUUAAAUGAUAUUAUACUGUUAAGUAAUAAUAAUGAUUUAACAUACGGUAUUGGUACACCACCAGCACUACGAGGAGCUGCAGCAGCAGCAAGAGGGGGAAGAGACGACGAUGACGGCCAUUCAUCUUCUUUAAAUAAUAACAACUCAAGUUCAAAUUUAAAAAAGAAGGAUGAACAGUCACCACCACCACGCACAUCCACCCCAACAACAACAACUACAACAGCUAAAAAAGUUACCAAAAAAAAUUAUUUAAACCAGAAUUCUAAAACAAAAUUAUCAUCAAAAUCAGCGUCAUCAAAAGAGUUGGAAAAGAAAGUUUUACGAGACGGCAUCAAAAAUAAUAAUAAGGUUAAAAACCAAGCAACAAAAAACAUUCGUCGGUUAUUCAAAUCGUCUCCAUGGUGUUGUUGUGCUGCAAUCACUGGAUUAUUAGUAGCUGGAUUAGUAGCGGCCGUUGCAGCAGUAGUAACUUCAACAACGACUACAACUAUAACACUUAGUUUGACUGUUACAGCAAGCACAACUACUACAACAGAAACUACUUCGACAGCGACAACGACUACUACCACCGGCACAACCACUACUAUCACCACGAGCACCAUCUCGACGACAACGAUAACAACAACAACAACGACCACUACUACUACUACAACCUGUCCAAAAGUUCUUUUAAGGUUCAAUGAAAGUUUAUAUGUUGCUGCAGCAUUUUUAUUAAAACAACCUUUAUCACUUGAUCAUACAAUACUAGCAACGAGGUUGUGGUCAUGGGGGAAUAUCACUGCUUAUGGUGACACUAUUGUUGGUAUAUAUAAUGCUAGCGUUGGCUCUGAUAGUAAAAAUGCAACAGCUGGAAGUUCAUCUGGUCAAUUUCCUGCUGCAGAGGGAUUUCUUAAUGCAGUUGAUCGAAAUGUGAAUACAAAGUAUAAUAGUUACGGUAGUGCAAACGUAACUCAGUCGAGUUCAACAGCUGGGGUGGGAACUGGCUUCUAUAUUGUUCCAGCGGUUGGAGAGUCCAUUGCAACAUCUCUGUGCUUUGCAACCGCGAAUGACGAUGAAAAUCGUGAUCCUUUAACAUGUACGCUUGAAGGUAGUAAUUCACCACUUAAUGUUUUAAAUCUUGGUACAAGUUGGAAUUUGCUGUAUACUGGACCAACAGGAAUUCCUACAGGGAGUUCGAUUGCAAGAGAAACGUAUUUUGCAUCACAAAAUUUUUCUAACAGCAUAGCUUAUACAAGUUAUCGAUUAAUAAUCACAUCUCAACGGGCUAGUGACACAAAUUUACAGUACAGCGAAGCGCAGCUUUUCGGUUUGAUUUAA